AUGUUGUCCAGAGCAUUGAAGAUCCCCCAAUUGGCCACAGCCGCACGCCAGUUGCGGUUCCAGACCACCGUGGCGUUGUCGUCGUCCCUCACCCACUACCCCACAAAUCACACCCAGCCAGGCGACGAGCCCUAUAUCACACCCAGCUUUGUCAACAACAAGUUCCUCAAGCUGGAGUCCACCACCUGGUACGACAUCCACGACCCUGCCACCAACUACGUGGUGCUGAGAGUGCCUCAGUCGACCCCCGCUGAGUUGGAGGAAGCCAUUGAUUCGGCAGCCAAAGCGUUUCCAGCAUGGCGCGACACUUCCGUGAUUAAGCGCCAAGGUGUCGCAUUCAAAUUUGUCCAGUUGUUGAGAGAGAACAUGGACAGAAUCGCCUCUGUCAUCGUGUUGGAGCAGGGUAAGACGUUCGUAGACGCCCAGGGUGACGUUACUCGUGGGCUCCAGGUGGCAGAGGCUGCCGUCAACAUCACCAACGACUUGAAGGGCGAGACUUUGGAGGUGUCCACCGACAUGGAGACCAAGAUGAUCCGUGAGCCUUUGGGAGUGGUGGCAUCUAUCUGUCCAUUCAACUUCCCUGCCAUGGUGCCAUUGUGGUCAAUUCCAUUGAUCAUCGCCACUGGUAACACUGCCGUGGUCAAGCCUUCUGAAAGAGUGCCAGGAGCUGCCAUGAUCAUUGCCGAGUUGCUUGCUAAGGCUGGUGUUCCCCCAGGCGUGGUCAAUCUCGUUCACGGCAAGCACGACACUGUUAACGCCCUCAUCGAGGACCCUCGUAUCAAGGCAUUGACGUUUGUGGGUGGUGACAAGGCCGGAAAGUACAUCUACGAAAGAGGCUCGGCCUUAGGCAAGAGAGUCCAAGCUAACUUGGGUGCCAAGAACCACUUGGUCGUGUUGCCUGACGCCGACAAGAGCCAAUUCGUCAACGCCAUCAACGGUGCUGCAUUCGGUGCUGCUGGCCAGAGAUGCAUGGCCAUCUCUGUCUUGGUGACCGUGGGCAAAACCAAGGAGUGGGUAGCUGACGUGGUCAAGGACGCAGCCCAGUUGAAGGUCGGAAGUGGCUUUGACUCCAGCUCCGACUUGGGCCCCUUGAUCAACCCUGAGUGUCUCACCAGAACCGACUCGAUCAUCGAGGAUUCCGUCAAGAACGGAGCCAAGCUCGUGUUGGACGGCAGAGGCCAGAAGCCUGCCGAGGAGCGUUUUGCCAAGGGUAACUUCUUGGGCCCUACCAUCUUGACCGAUGUCAAGCCAGGCCACAGGGCCUACGACGAGGAGAUCUUCGCUCCCGUUUUGUCUGUGGUCAACGUCGAGACUCUCGACGAAGCCAUCGAAUUGGUCAACUCCAACAGAUACGGUAAUGGAGUGUCGCUCUUCACUUCCUCGGGCGCACUGGCUCAGUACUUCAACAAGAGAAUCGAUGUGGGUCAAGUGGGUGUCAACGUACCCAUUCCUGUGCCUUUGCCCAUGUUCUCGUUCACCGGGUCUAGAGGCUCGUUCUUGGGAGACUUGAACUUCUAUGGUAAGAACGGAAUCACCUUCUUGACCAAGCCCAAAACCAUUACCAGUUCCUGGAAGUCCAGCACAGUUGCAGGAGAUAUUUUGAAGCCAUCUACAAGCAUGCCGGUUCAUCAAUGA